CCCUCGGCUAGUGGCGAGCCCGCCCCAGGGCUGCCGUUGCGCUUUUUGCCGCGGCCGGCAGAGGCGCCUCGGGGCGACUUGCGCCUGCGCGGCGCUCCGUGCGCCUGCGCGGUGCCCGUGUCGGCUCUGUGCCUGCGCGGCGAUGGCCGCCGAGUCUGGAGUGGCUGCGGAGGCCUGCGUGGGACAAGUGGUGCUGCCCGGGGACCUGCUGCUCCUCCCCUGCUACCCUGAUGAGGACGGGGAACGGCUGCGGCUGGGCGCCGGAACAGCCCCGCGGGGCCGUCUGCUGUGCGGACCGGGCCUGCGGCGGUGCGGGGCCGGGCUGAUGGUGAUCAAGUGCGGGCUGCUGCGGCACCGCCCGGCGGGAAGCGGCGGUGCGGCGGGCGGUGUCUACUGGGUGGACUCGCAGCAGAAACGGUACGUUCCGGUCAAGGGCGACCACGUAAUAGGAAUAGUGACAGCCAAAGCGGGAGACGUGUUUAAACUGGACGUCGGGGGGAGCGAGCAGGCGUCGUUGUCCUACCUGGCCUUUGAAGGCGCCACGAAGAGAAACAGGCCGAAUGUGCAGGUGGGAGAUCUUAUUUAUGGUCAGUUCCUUGUAGCAAAUAAAGACAUGGAACCAGAGAUGGUCUGUAUAGAUAGCAGUGGAAGAUCAACUGGAAUGGGAAUAAUUGGACAAGAUGGUUUCCUCUUUAAAGUUUCCUUAGGUCUAAUAAGAAAACUCUUGGCUCCCAAAUGUGAAAUAAUUCAAGAGUUAUCACAGUUGUACCCAUUUGAGCUGGUGCUGGGAAUGAAUGGAAGAAUAUGGGUAAAAGCAAAAACAGUUCAACAGACUUUAAUUAUAGUAAAUAUUUUGGAGGCCUGUGAGUAUAUGACUGCAGAACAGAGAAAACAAGCACUUGCCAAAUUGUCAGGGAAUUGAUAAGAGAAAACACUGAGGAUUUGAGAUGACCCCACAGUAUUUGGUUAUUUUUGUAUUCAGAUUUAUAUUAAAAGUCAUUUAAAAAAAAAUAAGUAUUAGACUUUCUUUGUUCUUCAUUUCUUUAUCCACUCAGCUUCUUUUCAUCUUAUUUAGGAACUGUGGUUUUAAUCAAUUCUGUGAUUAUGAAACUGUUUAUGAAUUUUGGCUAAUGUGGAAAUGGUCUUUAACACUUUUCAGUAGCUGAAACUCUUGAGGUGUAACUACUUAAGCCUUCUGUAAGAAAAACACUGAAUUUGUGUAUUUUAUCUUUUAGUUAAUAUUAAAACUUCAUGUAUGUACUUGAAGUAGUGCAAACUAUCAUGCAGGUCAUUUAGUCAGGUGCUCUAUCUGUGUAGUGACAAGAAGUUGUAAUUAAACAUUUUACAAAAUUUGGGAAUAGAAUGCAGUUGGAGAACACCAGAAAAUAAUUACAGGGUGUAGGAUAAAAUAAUCAUGUGGUUAAGGCAGGGCAUCAGAUAAGACACAAUAUAUGGUCAGAGUGCCUUACCUCUUUCCCUUAAAACUAACCUGGUUGGCAGUAUUAAAGUGAUUGGGACACUUCUAGAAGGUUCUUACUUAGGUUAUGACUCACUGGAGGUGAAAAAAAAUAUACUUAACAGCAAUACUUCAAUUCAGAGCCCUUUCUCCUAAAUCCCCAUUCUGUAGGAGUCUUAUCAGCUGCAAUUCGGAGUUCUUUCUGGGUUUCACUAGCCACCCUAUUUAGCCUUUGGCUAAAUACACCAUCUGGCUUGGUGUGGAUCUUUAAUCAUCUUUUUCUGUCUCCUCCCAGCUGAAGUAACUUUAAUUCACAUCCCCUAAAUCCCUUAGGACUAUAAUCUCUUUCUUACUACACAUGAAAAGUUGUAAGUAUUUUACUAACUCCUACAGUAUUUUUUCAUCUUUAGCUAGCUAGAGUCCCCUCUGGUUGUCUGUUAGUUGAACAAUAGCUGGCAUAUGCAGAAAAGAACUUGCCAAAUCGUCUCAGGGUGCUAACUUUGUUUUCUGUGAAUGUUUGGAUCAUAAUGGUAAAACCACAGGAAUGGGGAACAACAUGGAUCAAUUCUCGCAGAGUUGUGGCUUGAAAUGCAGUUAGCCUUACGACUCCCCUUUUUACCUAAGCAACCCUCCUUCACUCCUCAAAGUCUCAGUUUUAAGCUUAACCUUCAAGAUACAUGAACAAUUCCUAUUUCUGAAAUGCUGCUUUGGUAGUCCACCAUAACUGCUGACUUUGAAAGUUUCCAACAUUGUCAGUGCAUCAUCAUACUACUCGUUAAGAGCAGGAAACAAUAUAUUGAAAUAUAUCUCUUUAUAAUUUACCAAAGUGUUGUAUCCACAACGUGCUUGAGUUUUACCCCCAACAGAAUCAUUUUAAGUAUGUACUAUGCUUGACAAUUUAUGCAGUAGCAAAAAUGACAGCAGAUGCAAGCAAAAUGAGUGUGGGGGAAAAUAGUUGAGAGCAAAUACAUUUAAGUAGCUUGCUGAAAGAAGGCAGUAUUGGUGUUUUGAUUGUUGUUUUCUUUGGGGUUUUUUUACUUGGAAAAAUAUCUACAUUCCUUAAAUGAGUUUUUGGCAUUGACAAUCUUCAAUCAACAAAAUAUACAGGCAAAAUUUAUGUGAUGUCUUUGAAGUUUUAAUUUUGUCUGUGAUUAAACCAGUACCACCAGAAACAGUGACAAAGAAUGUAACUUGGUUCUAGAAAGAAAGACUGAUCCACUGAGUUAAUUAUGUAUUCUGCUGAAGUGCCACAAAGUCUUCUGUAUACCCAUUAAAGGCACAUAAACACAUCUCAGGAAAUGGAAACUUCAGAUGUGGACUUGAAAUUUACCUUGUGUAGUAGAAUGUUUUGCUGUUGCCUCUAUUUGCAUGAUUUAUGCCCUUGUCAGUAUAACUCGCUUAACAGUCGUUAAUUUCAGAUACUUCUUGAUUCUCUAUUAGAUGCUUUGAUACAUUGCUUUUCUUUCCAGUUGUGGUGAAAAUUAAAAAGUAAGGAUUUUAGAUUUCAACAUGGAUACAGUCUGUAUCACCAUAGAUGAGUGCAGCCUCUUAAAAAGGAAAUUCACAAAGAAUUAAAUGGAAAGCAUGCAUUGAAAAUACAAAAUGUGUAGCUUGUCGAUUUUCCUAGGUUGAUUUGUUGUAUAAAGAUCAAGGAUAAAUGCCAAAACAAAUGCAGUGUUGAGCUAAGUGCCAUAGUGAAACACUUGUAUUUUGCUCCAGUAGAAAAAAGUUGCAUGGACAAAUAGUUCAAUGUAGUAAGAGGAUUAAGAUCUUAACUCUGAGCCUACAGUUAGAAGUUUACUGUGCCCAACUAGUCAUUACUGCCAUACCACCAGAAAUUGCAACUGUUUCCUGGCAUGUGUAUUUGAUUGCUAGCCAAUUUCUGUGAAAAUGACCCAGAUUGGCACCCACACUUUUAAUAACAGCAUUGUUUUGUUUUUCUAACCCAAAUACUCUUUUAGCAGAUGAGGUUAUGGAAUUUUUAUCUCAAAUUUAAAAUACAAAGAACCGCUCAUCUGCUACUGGGAAAACUCCAACUCUUCAGAGACAGACCAGUUUUCUUUCUUAGCACUUGAACAAGUAAUUCUCAGUAACAACAAAAUCAUCCACUAAACCAACAGGUGAUUUUAAACCUUACCAAUUAAGUCACCUCUAGCUUUCUAGCUUUUUACAUCAGUUUUUCUAGCUACAUAGAAACAAUUUGGUGAGAUACAUGAGUAUAGAAGGUAGUUGUCUUAAGGACAAUGUAGCAUGCUGUUACAUCAUAGAAUCAACCAGGUUGGAAGAGACCUCCAAGCUCAUCCAGUCCAACCUAGCACCCAGCCCUAGCCAGUCAACUAGACCAUGGCACUAAGUGCCUCAUCCAGGCUUUUCUUGAGCACCUCCAGGGAUGGUGACUCCACUACCUCCCUGGGCAGCCCAUUCAGUAACAAACAGCAUUGUUUGUACUAACGUCUUGAAUAGAUUCGAAGAUGUAUAACUACUAAAGUCUACAGUAAGGAAUUAAGUGUGCUGGUUUGCCCCAACAACUUGAAGGAGAAAUAGCCUAGAAGCAUGCUAGGUGUCUGGAUUUUAAUAAGUACUAUUUAGUCAUAGUGUGCCGUUAACCAGGACUGCUGCAGAUGGACUUUGCCCUGAUUGCAGAAAUGCAGUCAUUGCCUUUUUGUUGCUGUCUGAGUAUUGUGGAAUGUUCAAGGGCCUGGGUUUUUGCUUAGCCUGAAACUUUCUUGCUAUUCUAGUGGCUCCUUUUUUCCCUGGGCCAUAGUUGUACUACCUGCUGUGAGAAAAGCUAAAACUUAGAAUGUAAUAACAGUAUAGGCAGCACUGCAGUAAAUAAGAUGAAGAAAAACUACAGGUUAUGGAGAUUCAUUUUUGCUUUAAUUGCACUUAACCUCAUGUAAAGAUAGUAAAGACUGAAGGACAGACAGAGGGACUAAUGACCUCAUCCACUCUUUACAAAGGCUCUGACUAUCUGUUGCAUUGUUGUAACUGGUUGGCUUUUCUGUAAUUCAGUGUUUAUUAGGCCACUGCCAAAAUGGAUUUGUACCGAGCAUCUGUAUACCCAUUAAAAAGCUUUACUAAUUC